AUGCCCCCCAAACUCCCCAGCUACUCCCGUCCCGGCCGCGGCCAACACUUCCAAGACGAAUAUGGCUUCUCCGAAGCCUGCAUUGCCGGCGACAGAAUGGAGAUUGCCGGACAGACCGGAAUGUCGCCCACCUCCACGACCAUCCCGCCCACCCUCGAAGAAGAAGUCGCCCAGGCCUUCGCCAACAUCAACGAGGUGAUCCUGUACGCGCUGGAGCGGGCCCGGCCGGAGCUGCGCGCCCAGGUGGCCACCGGCUGGGAGCUGGUCACCAAGUUGCGCACCUACCACGUUAACCUUCCCCAAACCCGGGAGACGAUCAUCGGGCUGAUGGUGGACGAGGUCCGCAAGUGGUGUCCCGGGCACCAGCCGACGUGGACGAUGCUGGGGAUCGAGGCGUUGCCGUUCGAGGGCCAGAAUCUGGAGAUUGAGGUGGAUGUUUAUCUGGGUCCGUCGGGGGCUUAGGUAGGCCCAUUGGGUUUUGGAUUUUUUUUGGGAGAGGGGGGG